AUGGAGUGUGAGGCUCAUGGCAACCCAACGCCCAAGUUUCGGUGGAGUAAGGACGGCCGGCGCUUUGACCCGAACGGCGACCCUAACGUGAAGCGGCGUGGAGAUGGCUCGGGCACCUUCACCGUGGACAUGGCGGCGGUGGUGGCGGCGUCCGCGGAGUCCGACAGCGAAGCCGCAGAGGCCUACGAGGGCGUCUACCGCUGCUCAGCGGAGAACCAGGACGGCACAACGCUAACCCCAAACAUCACCGUGCGGCUGGCGCGUGCUCCCCUGUGGCCCCGUGAACAGCUGGAACCCGUCAUGGCCACCGAGGGCCUGCCGGCCGUGCUGCGCUGCCGCCCUCCCCAAGGCUUUCCUCCUCCCAUCGUCUUCUGGAUGGACGGCUCCAUUGAGAGAGUGCAGCUGAAUGGGCGAGUAUCCCAGGGCCUGGACGGGGACUUGUUCUUCGCCAACGUGCUGCUGAGUGACGGGGACGACUACGUGUGCUACGCUCACUUCCCGCACGCGGGGACCAUCCAGAAGCAGCCGCUCACACUGACGGUCCAACCCAACCCAAAGAGUACCGCGAGUCGUCCGCUGAUUGUGGAGCCUGCGGGUGACACGAGCAGCAAGCUGGUGCUUCGGGGAGACGCACUGCUGCUGGUGUGCAUCGUACAAGGGCUCCCCACACCGCGGGUGAGCUGGGUCAAGGUGAGCGGGGAGCUCCCACAAGACCACGUCACCUUCGGCGACUUCAACCGGAUGCUGGUGAUUCGGCACGCAUCGUUGGGCGACGCCGGUGUCUACCAGUGCCGUGCCGGCAACAGCGAGGGCCAAGCUCUGCACACCGUCACCGUCACCGUGGAAGCCAAGCCUUACUGGAUCGCUCCGGGGCGAGUGAAGCAUGUCUACGCCCCGUGGGACUCCGUGAAGCUCGCGUGCCUCGCCAACGGAAUCCCUAAACCGGUCGCCCGAUGGUUCAUCAACGGCGUCCCGAUCGACGAGGCCCCCGCUGUGCCCUGGCGAAGCGUGGACGGCGACUUCCUGACGCUCAGGGGGCUGCACAAGGGAUACACCGCCAUGUACCAGUGUGAAAGCUCCAACCGGCACGGCACCAUCCUAGCCAACGUCAUCGUUCAAGUGCUGGGUAAACCGCUCCCCACAGUCGCUGGCAGCAGCUCGGAGCCGGGAGCGGUGCCACGCGGUGAGCUGGCGUGGCCCAGCACCACGCCGGACGGCAGCAGCAGUGGCCUCUGGGGCGCCACCACCACCACCACUGCCGCCACCAAUGCCGCCACCACCACCGCCCACACCACCACCACUGCCACCACCAAUGCCGCCACCACUGCCGCCACCACCACCGCCCACACCACAACCACUGCCGCCACCACCACCACCGACACCACCACCACUGCCGAAACCACCACUGCUCAGCCUCGGAGGUGUCCCGCGAUUGUGCUCGCAUCGGGGUCGGAAGGGCUGCAGGGCUCGGAGUUCCCGCAGUCCUGGCAGGCACCCCCCGAGCAGAGCCCCUCGUCCCCUGCAGUGUCACGGCCGGUCUGUCUGUAA